AUGUCCACUACUGUCCGUCAAGAAUUUAACCGCGUUUUCUUGAAUUCAGCAAAAACAGAAAAAGAAUUUGGUGACUUGCUAACUUAUAUUUCCAAUAAUCCUGAUAAAAUACCUGAUUUGGAAGAUUCUCUCAAUUACGGCAAUGAUAACGUUAAAGCUACAUACCUGAGAAAUAUAUUAACCGAGCCUCCUAACAAACGUGUAAAAAUAGAUGAUAGACUGAACAAAUUUUGGCGAGUUUUAAAGGAUGCAUCUUGUGGCGAAUUUCUUGUACUAUCUGAAAAUACUCGAUUUUUGGGAAAGAAAAAUGGACCUUCCACUGUGUUCAUUCGUAAAUGUUAUCUUGAUCUGCAAGUUGUUGUCUUUAAAAGAAACAAAAUUCGUAUAACCGGGAAUCCGGGUAUCGGAAAAACCUAUUUCGGAUACUAUUUACUUUAUUUGCUCGCACUACAAAAUACUAUUGUAUAUGAUAACGCAAAUGAAGCUAAACUGAUUGUCUUUGAUGGGGAAAAUGCCACUAAAAGUGACGAUAUAGAACCAUACCUGAGAGACCCGAAUGUUUGGUACAUCGUAGAUGGUAAGGAACCAAGUGAUGUCAACGCUAAAACAAUUCUAAUCUGCUCACCCAAUAAAAGCACUUUGAUAAAUAUAUUAGAAGCUGUAUAUUUGUUUAUUAGGUGUGGAGGGAUCUCUCGGUUUGUUUUGGAAAAGGCUAAUGAUAUAACUCACCAAAAUAGGCUUGAAGAGGCAAUUUCAUGUAUUAAAGAGAUUAUUUUUGAUUUUAUUGGUGAAAGUGUAAUAGGAAUAGAUGAAAUUAGUCACACGAUCGCUCAUAUCUAUCUUGAUCAAGGUGGUAAAGAACCCUAUACACAGGUAACUGUAAGAUUUGCAUCAGAUUAUUUGAAGCAAAGGGUGAUUGAUCAAUACGAAGCACGUAUAAGAGAAAAACUUGUUGCACAAAUUAGAGCGGGUAUAGGUAGUUCGCUCUUAGAUCCUUAUCUUAACCGCAAUUAUAAAGAUUCAAAUGCAGUUGUCAAUUUAUCUUUACAGAACGAGAUACUAAAGUUCAACAAAAAUAGUAUUGAUUCGAUCGAGUCACAAAAGUAUUAUCAACCAAAGAAAAAAAAUUUUCCAUCAGUUGAUUCAAUUAUUGCUUCAAAUCGGGUCUUUCAGAUGACUAUUUCAAAAAAUCAUCCCAUUAAUCUGACUGGUUUAAAUCUUCUUUGUGACAAAUUAGGUGGAAAAUCAGUCAAAGGUUUCAUUUAUUAUUACUUUGUUGUACCAGCGUAUCUGUAUGAUGAUUUUAAAAUGCAAAGGUUUGAUGUCAAGAACACUCCAGAUUGGAUUAAUAAACGCGUUUUUCAAUAUGCUUUAAAAAUUGAGCUUUGA